GGCUGCUGGGCAGGCACUGCAGAGCCAAAGCUCGUGUCUUUUGAACCGCAUUCAAAGCAAUUAGAGACCAGGAUUAAACAAACACCCGACACUAACAUCCUCAGCAGUGAGAGGGAUUAUCUUGGUUGGCCCGGACAUGGAGCUGCAGCAAAGCCAGGUUGUGCCACAGCGGCAAUCUCCAUGCUCCGCUUGCUUAGGUCCAGUGGAGAGACAGAGCUUGCACCCAACUAUAAUGGGCACUCUGAGGUGGCUCUUCUGGGCUGGGCUGGGCUACCUGAGCUGCUGCUAUCCCCCCCAGGUGCAGGCACAGUUCCCCCGUGCCUGUAUGACAGUAGAUGCCCUUCGCUUGAAGCGCUGCUGCCCGCCCUUAGGGACAGAGCCAGGCAAUGUCUGUGGGUCCCUGCAGGGCAGGGGACAGUGUCAGGAGGUGCAGGUGGACACUCAGCCCUGGAGUGGCCUCUACACCCUUCGAAAUGUGGAUGACCGGGAACGGUGGCCCCUCAAGUUCUUCAACCAGAGCUGUCGGUGCACAGGAAACUUUGCUGGCUAUAACUGUGGUGACUGCAAGUUUGGCUGGACUGGCCCUGACUGCAAUACAAGGAAGCCACCAGUUGUCAGGAAGGAUAUCCACUCCCUGACAGCAGAAGAAAGAGAGCAGUUCUUUGAUGCUCUGGAUCGUGCAAAGACAACCAUUCACCCAGACUAUGUAAUUGCAACUCAGCACUGGCUAAGUCUGCUGGGCCCUACUGGAGCGGAACCACAAAUUGCGAACUGUAGUAUUUAUAACUACUUUGUUUGGCUUCAUUACUACUCAGUCAGAGACACGCUAUUAGGACCUGGACGCCCCUUCACAGCUAUCGAUUUCUCCCAUCAGGGACCUGCCUUUGUUACCUGGCAUAGGUACCACUUGCUGUUGCUGGAGAGAGACCUGCAGCGACUGAUGGGUAAUGACUCCUUUGCACUUCCCUACUGGAACUUUGCCACGGGUAGAAAUGAAUGUGACGUCUGCACAGACCAGCUCUUUGGAGCAUCGCGACCAGGCGACCUGGGGUUGAUCAGCCAGAGCUCCAGAUUCUCUAGGUGGCAAAUAGUUUGUAACAGCUUGGAUGACUACAACCGCCUGGUCACGCUGUGCAAUGGGAGUGAUGAAGGGCCAUUGCGACGGAGGCUGCCGGAGGGUUCCAGUGAGCAGUUGCCCACGGCAGAGGAUGUCAAGAAGUGCCUUUCCCUGCAGGAGUUUGACAGCCCCCCCUUUUUCCGCAAUUCCAGUUUCAGUUUCAGGAAUGCACUGGAGGGCUUCAAUAAACCAGAUGGAGCCCUUAACUCACCGAUGCUGAGCCUCCAUAAUUUGGUUCACUCUUUCCUGAAUGGGACCAGUGUCCUCCCUCACGCAGCUGCCAAUGAUCCCAUCUUUGUGGUUCUACACUCUUUUACUGAUGCCAUCUUUGAUGAGUGGAUGAAGCGGUUUAACCCCCCUGACAAAGCCUGGCCUGAGGAGCUGGCCCCUAUUGGUCACAACAGGCUCUACAACAUGGUCCCUUUUUUCCCUCCUGUGACCAACAAUGAACUCUUCCAAACUGCGGAGCAGCUCGGAUAUACCUAUGCCGUUGACCUGCCAGAUUCACUUGAAGAAACCCAAAUGUGGGCUGUCGUGGUUGGAUCCACAAUUGGAGGAGCACUUAUAGCACUGACUAUGCUCAUUCUGCUGCUUGUGCUUUUCCAGCACCGAAGGAGGAGAAGAGGUUUUGAGCCUCUGAUGAACGUGAGCUUCAGCCCCAAAAAGUACAUGGAAGAGGCCUAGUGCCCUCUCUUUGUUUCUUUGCUUAUUCUUGUAGGAAGGGACCUUGAUUGCCUUAUUGAGAUCUUAGCUGAGAGUUUAUCACACACUCCUUUGGCUGCUGACUACAUUGUUUUCAUUCAGGUUUUCCUGUUAUCUUGUCAGUUGUACUAUAUGAAGUCUCUGCGUCCGUAUGUGCAAGGCCCAAGUCAGGACAGACUCCUCUCAUUACCAAAUGUUAUCUGGGGUGUGUGACACUUGUAAGUCAUCCUCUAUAGGUUUAGAUCAAAACAGCCGAGAAUCCGAAUAGAAGAAAACCAACUUGAAUAACCAAGAUAAUUUUUCACUUUAAUGUGUUUUUGAUUUCAUGUAACAACUAGAGAUAUGCUGAAAGUUAUUAAUUCUACAUAUAUAUUCAAAUAACAUAUUAUUUUACAGUUCAAUAAUUAUUCUGAAUAGCAUAGUCUUGUUUUUAACGUUCUAAAUGUUUCAUGCUCUUUGGCAAAUUACUGUAUGAACCCCCUGCUUACAGUUUAUUUCAGAAGCAUGAUCAAUUCAAUAUGUUUUUCCCAACCAACCUGUUGUUAGCAGUAGGUAAACUUCUAAACUCAAAUUAUCUUAAGAUUUGAGAGCAGGAGUUCCCUUACAGCUAGGUAUGCAUUUGUGUUUUAUUUCCAUUAGGGACCUGUGGCAGAAGUUGAAAAUGGUGCUAAUCACUCUCUAUUUUGCACUGUUUCAUGUAUCUAGACUUAGUUUUCCAAAGUCUGGAACCCAGGACUCAAUGUAACAGGACUGAGAUUCCUUGCAUUAGCCCGGUCUGCAGGUGGGGGCAGGUUUGGAUGUGAUACUUCCUAGACCCUCUCUUAAACAUUCCUUUAUACUUUCCAUAUAUGUUUCUUUAUUUAGACAUAGGUUUGGACCACGUUUACGUGGCUUACCUGUGUUAUCUUGAGACAGGGUUUUUACACAAUGAAUAAAGUCCUGAACAGUUCAUGUUAGCUUUUGUGCUUAGUAUAUUACUUUAAUGGAAUAAUCAUUACAUUAAUGGAGUGCUCAGAUUUUGCCUUUUGUAAGAUCCUGAAUCUUAGAAAAACUCUGCUUUUGUAGCCUUGAAUAAAGAA